AUGUCAUCUACACAACCCAAUGCGACGCUGUACCUCAAAAAUUUGAACGACAAGGUGAACAAGGAAGAGCUACGCAUCCAACUUCUUGCGCUCUUUACGACUUAUGGCCGGGUCAUCGACAUUGUCGCUCUGAAGGGUCAGAAAAUGCGAGGGCAAGCAUUCCUCGUUUUCGCAGACCUGGCGGGUGCCACCGCAGCCAUGCGAGCCUGCGAAGGUAUCGUCUUUUAUGAUAAACCGAUGCAUAUCCAGUAUGCGAAGACCAAGUCGUAUGCCACUAUGCAGCGGGAGGAUCCAAGCUUUGUUCCUCCCUCCAAACUUCCCAACGCGAGUGCCGCUGCAGGGAAGUUGACGAAUGGGGCUGAGAAGCGGCGGAGAGAGGACAGGACGGAUGAGGACGGACGAGAAGCGAAGAGGGAGAAGAACAGUGACGAGGAGGAUGGAGAGGAAAUGGAGAUUGAAGAAGACGAGGAAGGUGCGAAAGAGAGUGCGGCGGCCAACCUUGACGGUCCCAUGCCUGCAAGUGUCCAACAUCGAUCCGCACGACUGCUAUGUACGAACCUGCCUCAAGAGGUCACCGAUGACGUGCUUUCGGUACUGUUCCAACAGUACCAAGGCUUCCAAACCACUCAGGUGGUUCAGGCACCAACACCGAACGCUGCUGGACAGAAAGCCAAGGUGGCCCAGGUGCUAUUCGAUUCACCGGACUUCGCUGCCGUAGCAAAAGACGCCUUAGAUGGCUUCACGUUGAAGAAGGGAUGGGCCAUGACCGUUGCGUAUAUUUGA